GCGGCUGCUGCGGCUGCUGCUUUCUAACAGCACUUGAGCAGACCUAUGUGAAGUCAGCCACCACUGCAAGCAGCUAUAAUCAGCAAACAUGGAGCCUCAAAGAAUAAUAAGUGAAUUCUAGGUAGAUUAGCUUGAUCCAAAAAACCCCCUCUCACACACGACAGUAUACUGCCACUCAAAUGUGGUGCCUGGAGCGGCUCCUACGGCUGCGGACACGCCCAGCGGCAACCUCUGCCUUUACCAAUGUUCUUACCCCAGACAGCAUCCCAGAGUUCUGCAUACCCCCCAGGCUUCUACCCAGUCCUUCUCCCGCCCCUACCCGAGAGCGUUGGCAGGAGGAGGAGCUUCGGCCAGCGCUUGUGGACGCCAAGGAGGACCCGGACCUUACGGACUGGGACCCGCGCUCGCAGGCUGCCCUCUCGCUGCCGCACCUGCCGCGCCGGCCGACCUCAUAUGGCUUCUGCGCGCUGCUGGAGAGCCCGAAUACCCGCCGUAAGGAAUCUCUUUUCCUCGGGGGUUCUGCAGCCGCUGCUGCCCUUGUCCUGCAGUCCCCGCGGCCUCGGGCUCACACUUACUGCGGCAGCAGCGACACUUGUUACCCACUAGGGCAGAAGGGCACCCCAGACGGCUCCGACACCACCUCCUCCUCCUCUGCCAGCUCGUCCCCCUAUGAUUCCCCCCGGCCCCGGGACGCUCCCACCAAGCGCUCCCGGAGCCGUCCGCGCUGCCACCGCCUCCUCCGGGCCCCGGACUCGCUCUGGCGGGCGCUGCGAGUUAGUGGGAGCCGCGUUCUGGCCCGGGCCCGCUCAGUCUCCAGCGCUGAAGAUGAUGAUGAGGACUAUGAUGCCGUCCGGGACGCAGGUCGCGUCACCCUGCCAGCCACCUGCCAGCCCGACUCUGCUCGGGCACGGGCUCCAUCCCCAACCCCGUCCCCAUCCCCUCUGGGCCCACAGCAGGAACGCCUGGAGGUCGAGACCACCGUGGCCCUGGACCACGACGGCGGGGCCCUGCACUUGGCGACCAAGUACUGUCCGGUGUCCCGGCGGCUGCGCAUCCGCCUGCUCAGAGCCGAGGGUCUCUACAGCCGCACCACUGAGCCGGGGGCCAUCGGCUGCAGAGUCAGCUUCACCUUGGUACCUCCCGGCAAGACGCGCAAACAACGCAGCGCCGUGGUCCGGCGGAGCCGAAAUCCAGUCUUUAACGAGGACUUCUUUUUCGACGGAUUGUCGGAAGACGACCUGCGGCGCACGGCCGUGAGCGUCAAGGCCGAGAACAAGGGCCGGGGCCUGGAGCGGGACCGUUUGCUGGGCCAGGGAGAGUUGGAGCUGAGAUCCAUACUUCUCUGACAGUGGCCCAGCUUCACUCCUCCAUUCCUGGUGCUUUCUGUUAACCCCAGGAGGCCUGGGCCCUGGCAGCUAUUUUGUAA